AUGGACUCUCCAAACCCAUAUGGUAAUUCUCAAGGUUUUGUAAACCUCUUGAAUAGUCAAGAGGACUAUCCUUUCUCCUUUUCACUGCCAAUAGAUGUAGGAUCACCACAAGUGCCCAGGUUUAGUCACGCCGAGGAGCCAACAGUUGUAGCUGCAGACCGCAAAGUCACACCGAGGAGGCAAUGGACACCAGCAGAGGACCUUGUCCUCAUCUCUGCUUGGUUGAACACCAGCAAGGACCCAAUCGUGGGUAAUGACCAGAAAGCUGGUGCCUUCUGGUCACGCAUCAAGGCCACAUUCAACUCGAGCCCGAAACUGAAAGAGUAUCCAGAUAGAGAGGGGACCCAUUGCAAGCAGAGGUGGAGCCGGAUGAACGACCAAGUGUGUAAGUUCGUUGGCUGCUAUGGCACUGCGGUUAAAGAGCAAUCAUCCGGCCAAAACGACAACGACGUGAUGAAAGCUGCACACCAGAUCUUCCUCAACGAUCACGGCUUCAAGUUUCAACUGGAGCAUGCCUGGAGGGAACUUCGACAUGAUCAAAAGUGGACUUUGGCGACCACGAUAAGAGAUGCUGAAAGGGUUAAGCGUAGGAAGUGUGAUGAAGGUGCGGUUCAUUCACCGCAGACAGAGACUGGUGGAGAGGACACAUCAGCUCGGCCUCCAGGAGUAAAAGCUGCAAAAGCAGCUAAGGGCAAGAAAAAAUCACCUUCAGCAUCCGAUCAAGAAGAAGCGAGAGCCUAUGCGGACAUGAGGAGUAUGUGGGAUAUAAAACAAGUGGACCUGGAUAGGAAAGACAAGAUCUCAAAACAAAACUUGCUCGAAAAACUACUAGCUCGACCAGGGCCACUUUCUGAGAACGAAAUUGUGCUCAAAGACAACUUAAUUGCUGCCCUUUUGUCAUAA